AUGUCUCCAAGAAAUAACUACUACGAGGAAAAUAUUGCUAGACUGCCGAAGGCUUUACGGCCUCUUGCACAAUUUAUGGUUACACCGCUGGUAGAUCCAAGAAAACAACAAGAGUCAAUACUUUCAAAUCCAUUUGCUCUAUUUACUUUUCUUACCAAGAAAAAAGUUCAACCAAAAGUUUUUAUGUCCUUUAAAAACUUUAAUGAUAUUCCAAUUGAAUUUCUUGCAAUGAUUUGUAAACACCUUGAACCAAAUGAGCUUUUUAUCCUAUCAGGAGUAUGCAAAAAUUUAAGAACUCUUUUGUUGGAUACUGAAUCUCCAGCUACACAAGAAAUUUGGAGGAAUUCACGACUUGAGUUUUGCCCAUUUUUACAACUUUCUCCUCCCAAAGGAAUGCAGAUCAAACUGCGUGAACAUUAUGACCGUCGAAGAUUAGAACACACAAUCAGCUUUAGAAAAGAACGACUUCAAGAGAUAAUCGAAGAAUUUGAAGCUGAACGAAAAGAAUCAUCAGAUGGUUCAGAUAAUGAGAGUAUUCAUUCAAACUCUUCAAACUCUUCAAAUUCUUCACCAAAAUAUGAUGCACAACUUCUUAGAAAAUGUCCGAUAAUCUCUGCUGAAUGGAAAAUGUUUGACCAACCUUUUACAAGCCGCGACCAAACAAGAUUCCGAAGAAAGCUUGAUUAUGAGUAUCAAAUCUUGGCAAAACAUUAUGUUUCAUAA